UCCCCAUUUUAUUAUUGUUAUUAUUAUUCUUACUUCCUAUUCCUCUUCAGCUUUCCUUUUUUGUUAUUCCUUGCUAAUAUUUGUAUUUGAUCGGAUCGGAUUGGAUUACCCCUCUUUCUCCACUAUAUCCCCAUCUCAUUUUCGUGGGAAAAAUAAAAUCACUGGAAUAUCGCUGAUUCUCCGACCCACCUGCAACUCUUUCCAUCUUUUUUCUCUUCAGUUAGCAUAAAGGAAACUCGUUUUUUCCCUCUUAAUCUUUCUUCUCUUAUUUAUCUUCCUAUUUACACUUUAAAGCCUUUUGCUUUUGUUCCCCGCCCUCCUCCCCUGCCUUUUCCAUAAACCCAGAAUUUUCCCGGCAAAAGAAAACAUGGAAAGGAUGAUGUGGGUUUUGCUUGUGGCGGCUGUGUUGUGUGUUUACGGCGGUGGUGGUGGUGUGGAAGGUCUUGGUGUGAAUUGGGGAACGAUGGCAACCCACGAGUUGCCGCCGGCGACGGUGGUUCAGAUGCUAAAGGACAAUGGGAUUCCGAAGGUGAAGCUUUUUGAUGCAGAGGAGUCGACCAUGAGUGCCUUGCUUGACAGUGGUCUUGAGGUCAUGGUUGCUAUUCCUAAUGAUCAGCUGGCUGUCUUGACCAGCUACAAACGUGCCAAAGAAUGGGUCCGCCGCAACGUCACCCGCUACAAUUUCAACGGAGGAGUUAACAUCAAAUAUGUAGCAGUUGGGAAUGAGCCUUUCCUCUCAUCGUACAAUGGUUCAUUCCUGAAUGUUACGUUCCCAGCACUUCAGAACAUUCAGAAUGCCCUUAAUGAAGCUGGAGUUGGAGAUUCGGUAAAGGCUACUGUGCCCUUAAAUGCUGAUGUCUACGACUCACCAGAAAACAACCCCGUGCCAUCUGCAGGAAGGUUCCGGACUGAUAUUCUUCAACUGAUGACCGAGAUUGUCCAGUUCCUAGACAAAAAUAAGGCGCCUUUCACCAUAAACAUCUACCCUUUCCUGAGUUUAUAUGGCAAUGACGGCUUCCCAUUCAACUAUGCCUUCUUUGAUGGGGAUACCACUCCCAUUGUUGACACAACCACUGGGAUUCAGUACACCAAUGUUUUCGAUGCUAAUUUUGAUACCUUGGUCUCUUCCUUGAAAGCAGUGGGAUUUGGGAAUAUGCCCAUUGUGGUUGGGGAGGUGGGAUGGCCUACAGACGGGGACAAGAAUGCCAAUGUAGGGAAUGCUUUUAGGUUUUAUAACGGGCUUCUGACAAAACUUGGAACCAACAGAGGCACCCCACUGCGAACUGGAUACAUUGAAGUUUACUUGUUUGGACUUAUUGACGAGGAUGCAAAGAGCAUUGCUCCAGGAAGUUUUGAGCGUCAUUGGGGAAUUUUCAGUUACGAUGGACAGCCCAAGUUCCCGGUCGAUCUUUCUGGUCAGGGUCAAAACAAGUUACUAGUGCCUGCAAAGAAUGUGCAGUAUCUUUCGAAAAAAUGGUGCAUGUUUAACCCGAACGCCAAAGAUGUGAGCAAUCUGGCAGAUAAAAUAAAUUAUGCUUGCACCUAUGCGGAUUGCACCGCAUUGGAAUAUGGUUCCUCUUGCAACAAUUUGGAUGCGAACGGGAAUGCUUCGUAUGCGUUUAAUAUGUACUACCAGGUUCAGAAUCAGGAUGAUCAGUCGUGUAACUUCCAAGGUUUGGCUACGUUGACGACACAGAACGUCUCACAAGGGAAUUGCAAUUUCAUAAUUCAGAUGGCGACUUCAUCUGCAUCUUCUCUAAGACCCUCCGCCGCCGCCUCCUCAUUGGUAGCCUUGCUAGUUAUGUUACUGUCCGCUUUGCUGUUGCUAUAGGAUUUUGUAGAUAGCUCGGAUGUACUAUUUUGUUUUUCUUUUGGCUUGCUGCAUUCUUCUGUGGCCUUGUGAGAUUAUUUUAGUUUUACAGAUCAAUCUAAUAAAAUUGAUAUCUUAAAAGCUUCAAA